GAGAAUUUGGCAUUAUCAAUGCAAUGCAUAUUUAUGAUGAACAAGAGGAAGACAUUUAAAAUAACGAAGCGGCUGUAAGCAAAAUUAGCAAUGACAAGUGAGUACACGCUGAGCGACACAUAAAUAUGUGGGGCCAUGUCUGAGCAUGAGUAAGAGGAGACAGCCGCUGUCAGAGAGAUUUGUUGUGUGUAGCGAUAAUAAUGUGCAAUUAGUUCAUUGCACUACUCGUUGAGUACCUGCUGUAGCGAGGCAAUUUCAUACCUCCACUUUCCCUACCACUGUUUUAUUGAAUUGACAUUUCUCGCUGCUUUCUAGCUUUCUUUGCUUUGUGUUAAAUAUUCGCGCCCAUUUAGUCGCUUAUCACCGCCGGCGCUGAUAAACAAUUGAGACAACAAUUGUUUGUGUAAAUAUUAAAUAAAAAAUAUAUAGGCUAAACGAAAAUAAAAAGAACGAGCAACAAGUGUUCUACUAAACUGCAGAAAGGUUGAAUUAGUGUAGUCGAGUACGGAGCGCGUUAAUAGCGUGCGCAAAGCGUGUAUGAAACUAAAGUAAGGCACCAAAGCGUAAUUUGCAAGUAAAUUGUAUAAAUAAUAUUGAUCCGUCGCUGGGCGGGAGCUUCUCCUCAAUCAGUUGACGCCGUUCCCUGCGUGAGUGAGUCAUUAGCAAACACGAGAAUCACUGCAAUUUCAAAACGAAACAAUUCCCGGAAUAUUUAGCCUUAGCAAAAACCAAGAAAUAAAAACCGAGAAUAUUCCACCACGUGCCACUAAUUACCCACAAUCAGCAGGCGUCAUUCGUUGCCAAUUGACCCGAGCGCAGAGUACCGCAAGCAACAGCAAGUGCUCGUGUAACUUGAGACAAUAUAAAAAUGCCCGCAGUCACAAAGUUAGCCACGUACGAAGAAAUUUUGGCAUUGGCCAAAUCGACGUAUCAUGAUCUCUUUGGCGGCGAUCCAGAAGUGGCCUGCUGUGCUCCCGGACGUGUUAAUUUGAUUGGCGAACAUAUUGACUACAAUGACGGCUUCGUUCUGCCGAUGGCGCUGCCCAUGGUAACACUGGUUGUUGGUGGCCGUCGUGCGGACAAUAAGGUCUCAGUCUUUACACACUGUGCUGGCUGCGAUGAUCCAAAGCAGGUGGAGUUUUCAUUAUUAGAUCUGAAACCCGAAUUGCCAAAAUGGGCGAACUACGUGAAAGGUGUGAUUCACCAUUUUGCCGUCGAGUCGAAACAGGAAGGUGAGCUGCCCGGUUUCAAUGCCGUGUUUGCCUCCAAUGUACCAGUGGGCGGCGGCUUGUCAUCCAGUGCCGCAGUCGAGGUGGCAACUUUGACGUUUAUGGAGCAGUUGACUGGCAAACAACUUGAAAACAACAAGAAACGCGCUUUAGUAUGUCAAGCCGCUGAGCACAAAUUCGCUGGUAUGCCCUGUGGUAUUAUGGACCAAAUGAUAUCCGUUGCGGGUCAAAAGGAUAAUGCACUGCUGCUGGAUUGUCG